AUGUUGGUCGGCUUUAUAAACAACGGUGGUUGCGAUGAACGCUUCAUUUCGAUCCAACCGACGAUGUCGGAGGUUGCUAACGGAGCCCCAGUUGAAUUAGAUCGCCUUUUCGAUAUGGACGCAUGUUAUGAAACAUUCGACAAAGAUGGGGAUGGGAAGUUAAAUUUAGAAGAGUUCCGGCUAAUCUGCAAAGCCUUAUUCCGCAAUGAUAAAGGCCAUAUAUAUCCACUUAGCGAAGAACGAGCAAGACAUAUAUUCCGAGUGUUUGAUAAGAAUGAUGACGGUUUCAUUGACAAGGAAGAGUUUACAUUCUGCUGGAAUCAUUGGAUUAAAGUGAUUGUACGUCCUGUCAGCGCUUUUCUUAUAGUUGAUGUUCAAAAUGACUUUAUCUCAGGGACUCUCAACAUAAGCGAGUGUAAUGCACAGCAAGAUGGAAGUGAGGUUGUGGAGCCGAUCAACGCCCUGCUGGAGUCCGUGCCCUUCGACUGCGUCUUCUACUCGCUGGACUGGCAUCCGCCGGACCACGUCUCCUUCAUUGACAACGUGCACAGGAGGGAACUCGAUCCUUCUAGCCCCGUGUCGGCGGACAAGGCCCAGGCUUACGACACGGUGGUGUUCGCCGGCCCGCCUCCCAUGAAGCAGCGGCUGUGGCCCAGACAUUGCGUUCAGGACUCGUGGGGCGCCGAACUGCACAAGGAUCUUAAGGUAGUACAGAACGGAAUCAAAGUAUACAAAGGAACGAACCCCGAGGUGGAUUCGUACUCCGUGUUCUGGGACAACAAGAAGUUAACGGAGACCAGCCUGAGCACGCAGUUGCGCAUGCGCGCCGUCACCGAUAUAUACAUCUGUGGAAUCGCAUAUGACGUCUGCGUCGGAGCGACUAUCGCGGACGCGCUGGCCAUCGGCUACCGCUCCGUGCUGGUGGAGGACGCCUGCCGGGGCGUCGACCUGUCUGACAUGCAGCGCACUAAGAGCACGAUACUCGGCAACAACGGGCUGAUCGUCACCUCUGAGGAUGUACUGGCAAUGGUGGAGGGGCGCGAUCGAAGACCAGAGCUGGGCUACAAACUAGCAAUGGAACUAAAGACCGCUAUGGACGAACAGUAG